AAGAGCAAAGUUGAAAUUAAGGAAGUAGAGAAAAAAGUAGAAAAAUGAGUAAAAGAAAAUGUUUCUUUUUUAAGAUAUGAGUAAAAUAGAGCAACUAAUAGGUUGAGAAAAUACCUUGGUUCUAUCAGGGGUUCUUGUGAUUUUUAACUUUCAACCUUGGUGCUGCGGUCAACAAAACCCUAACAGUGGAAUUUGGCGCUGGGUUCAUUCAUUUAUUAAAUUAAAAAAUUUGUUGACCAUCGAUAUCCUCAAGACACUGUUUAAUAAUCUGGCAGGAAAGAUAAGUUUAAGAACUGAGUACAGCAGAUAGCAGGUGCCUGGCCAUUUACACACAGGCUGUGUCCGGCGCACGAUGGUUGCUGUAAGGUAGGUACUGUCCUCAUCUUGGACAGCUGGGGUAACUUCCUGGGACGUGGCUGUGAAUUCAAGGCUGACCCAGGUCUCCCCAGGAUUCCGAGGGGACAGAGGGGCCUCCACAGAGGGCUCUGGGUGUCGGGGGCGGAGGCCCAGGGCGCGGCCCCAUUAGGCCUGCAGGACGGAGUGCGCAGGUGGAGGCCCCGAGGCGGGCUGGCGACCCGGGUCUCCGUCCAGGGCGCAGCCGGCAGCAGCCAGGGGCGGCGGGCAGGCAGCCGGGCGCGCGGGGGCGCGCGCGGGGCGGCGAGGACGCGCGGGCGGCCAGGCCUGCGCGCCAGCCUGCGGGAGCCAUGCGGCGGGCGAGGAGCGGCUCCGCCGCCAAUCUGCGCGGGCAGAAACGGCCCGGGUCCUCCGAGGCCCUGGCGGCCGCCGCCGCCUUGGCGUCCAGCGGCAGCCGCUCACGGCACUCCUCGGGCCAGGCAGGGGGUGGGAGCCGGGCGGCGGCUAGGCAGCCGUCGGCGAGGCGGCGGCCGAGGCCGACGUCGCCGCGGGCCCAGGAGGGGGGCCCCGGGAAGCCGCCGCCGGAGCCGGCGCUGCUCCCUCCGCCGCCGCCGCCGCCGCCGACCCCGGCGACCCCGACAUCCUCGGUGGCCGCGCUGGACCUGGGCGACCAGCGGGAGCGCUGGGAGACGUUCCAGAAGCGGCAGAGGCUCACCUUCGAGGGCACCGCCAAGCUGCUGCUGGACACCUUUGAAUUCCAGGGCCUGGUGAAACACACAGGAGGCUGCCACUGUGGAGCAGUUCGCUUUGAAGUUUGGGCCUCAGCGGACUUGCACAUCUUUGAUUGCAACUGCAGCAUUUGCAAGAAGAAGCAGAAUAGACAUUUCAUUGUUCCAGCAUCUCGCUUUAAGCUCCUGAAGGGAGCUGAUUGCAUAACCACAUACACGUUCAACACGCACAAAGCGCAGCACACCUUCUGUAAGAGAUGUGGUGUCCAGAGCUUCUACACGCCCCGCUCGAACCCUGGGGGCUUCGGAAUUGCUCCCCACUGCCUGGAUGAGGGCACCGUGCGGAGCGUGCUCAUUGAGGAAUUCAAUGGCGAUGACUGGGAGAAGGCCAUGAGGGAGCACAAAACCAUCAAGAACAUAUCUAAAGAGUGAGCUCCUGCCUCCCCCUUCUCCAGGAGGAGUGACCGGGGCCUGGCUGCCCCUGCCACCUCGCUGGUGCUCACGAGUGAGGCUGACUCAGGCUCAUCGCUGACCCAGCGGCCAGCCCGAACUCUGCAGUUGGCUCCAGCUACCGGUUGUUCAGGCAGCUGUCUUUCCUCACCCAGGUUUUGAUGUAGGUUAGUUGAUACCUUUCUUUCUCUUCCCAACUUUUGUGUGAUCUUUUAGAAAAAUAAAUAUUUUUAACAAUAAAGCAGUUACUGUGGUU